AUGUGCCGCAUUGAAAGUGCCGCAAAUGGCCAAUUCUGUUGUAGUGCUAUAUGGAAAAAUGAUUUUUCUGAGGACUCGCUAUCCAAAGAGUUGAGCUUCAUCAUAUCCCUGUCAAACUGCAAACAUUUAACAAGGUUGUGGAUAGAUGAGAAUCCUCUGAAUGGCUUCCUCCCAAAGUCUAUUGGAAAUCUUUCUAGCUCACUCGAAUCCAUUUCUGCCAGAAAUUGUGGAAUCAUAAGUGAAAUUCCAAGUUCGAUUGGUAAUUUGAGCAACUGGGUACGGCUGAGCUUUGCAACCAAUAGUUUGACGGGAGUAAUUCCGACUACGAUCAAAUGGUUGUUAAAGCUUCAGAUGAUAGAUCUAAGCGACAAUCAGAUACAAGGUACUAUUCCAAGUGAGCUUUGUUAUUUGUUGAACUUAGGAGGAUUAAGACUUGGACAAAAUAUGCUCUCUGGUAUGGUGCCUUCUUGUUUAGGAAACGUUACAACACUCAGAUAUGUUUAUCUCAAUUCCAACAAUUUAAGAUCUAUCAUGCCAACAAGCUUUUGGAGCCUUAGAGAUAUUUUGGCGCUGGACAUGUCAGGAAAUUAUUUGACAGGUUCUUUGCCUGCUGAAAUUGAAAACUUCAAGGUAUUAGUCUAUUUGAACCUUUCAAAUAAUCAAUACUUGGGUGGGAUACCCAGCACUAUUGGAGCACUACAGGAUUUGCAAGAACUCUGCUUGGAACAUAACAAACUACAAGGAUUGAUACCAGAUUCCAUGAAGAAUAUGUUGCAGUUACGGCAUUUGGAUCUAUCUUUUAACAAUCUGGAAGGUGAAAUUCCCAACUCAUUACAAGUACUAUCAAAUCUCCGAUACUUUAAUGUGUCUUACAACAGAUUGAAAGGACCGAUUCCUCAUGGAGGACCAUUCGCAAAUUUCACGAACCUAUCUUUUCUCUCAAAUGAAGCAUUGUGCGGCGCUCCUUGGCUCCAACCUUGCACAAGUACAUUUGAGCAUGAAUCAAAGACAAAAAGGAUAGUCAUGAUUGUUCUGUUGGCAUCAGGUUCAGUCAUAUUAGCCUUGGUGAUUUCAAUUUUUUUGGUGCGGUUAAAGUUGAGAAAGAAAACUCUAGCUCCGACUCAGAACUUGCUUCCCAUGGCGACAUUUGAAAGGGCAUCCUUCUAUGAACUUAGACAAAUAACAAAUGGAUUCAGCGAGAGUAACUUACUUGGCUCGGGGAGCUUUGGUUCAGUUUACAAGGGAAAUCGCGAAAAUGGGAUGGUUUGGGCCAUCAAGGUAUUCGAUUUGCAGCUAGAAGGCUUUGGUGCUCGAUUACAUGCCCAAUGGAAGCCUUGA